AAAGCCCCGGCCAUCUGCCCUUGAAGCCGGGAGGGGAGGCCAGAAGCAGCAAGCCCUUAAAGCAAAGCCAGUCUGUCAAAAAAAAAAACCCAGCCUCCGGCACGCGUUAUGUUUAAAAGCCCGGAUCGUGUCUUUACAGCAGUUCUCUGCAAUGCAAAAGCGAAUUUGGAGAGGACUGGAGAGGAGUAGGACUUCGACGCGUCCAGAUGUAUCGCCAAUGACCCCCAGUUGGAUUUGGGAGAAUUUCGAGCGGUUCGUCUGAACUUGGAGAGCGUCCAGAUCGACUCAGGGCAUCUAUCUCCAUGUUGAAUUCAAGUAUCUGAAUGUAUGAGGCUUGCACCUGGCUGGAGAGGGCUUGGCGUCUCUUUCGGAAUAAUGGAGUUUCCGGGGUGUCCCGAUCCCCGAUUGAUGUGUAACUUGUGCCCAUGCUGAAACUGGCGCUGCGCCCUCGUCAUCCGCCCCGAGCCUGCGUGUGCGCUCCGCCCGGGGGACCAUGCGCUCCGGCCCCAUGCCUAUGUUGCAGCUGGCCGCCCUCGUCUACUCGCUGCUGCCGGCCAGGACUCAGUACGAUAGCUGCAAGUCGCUGGUGAACACCGAUGACGCCGGCCCUUCUUGGGAGUUUUACGCCUGCCAGCCCAGACCCAUGUCCAUGAAGCGGUACCUGAAAGUGAAGGUGGAGCCGGCGGGGGUGACCUGCGGAGACCCUCCCGAGCGCUUCUGUGCCCUGGGCAAUCCCUACAUGUGCUUUAAUGAAUGUGAUGCUUCAAACCCAGACCUGGCUCAUCCCCCCAAAUUCAUGUUUGAUCAGGAGGGUAAUGGACCUGUGACUUACUGGCAAAGUGUCACCUGGAGCAAAUACCCUGAACCUCUCCUAGCCAACAUCACCCUCUCCUGGAACAAGAGCAUACAACUCACUGAGAAUAUCGUCAUUACUUUUGAGGCAGGCCGACCCACCACCAUGAUACUGGAGAAGUCCCUAAACUAUGGAAGGACAUGGCAGCCUUAUCAGUACUAUGCAGAGGAUUGCAUGGAGACUUUCAGAAUGGAGGCCAAAAAUGUCCGAGAUCUCUCACCUGUGACUGCCCUCCAGAUAAUCUGCACAGAAGACUACUCCAAGUGGGUGGGCUUUGAAAAUGAGAAGAACUUGCACUUUGAGGUCAAGGAACGCUUUGCCAUUUUUGCAGGCUCACUCCUCCAGAACAUGGAGGCUCUGUACAAGAGGAUGGACAUAAACAAGGGGUUGAGAGAGUUUUUCACAUUAACAGACCUUCGAAUUAGGCUGAUGAAACCUGCAACUGGAGGGACCUUUGUGCAGAGGAAAUACCUAAAUAAAUACUUCUACUCCAUUUCUAAUGUAGAAAUUAUGGGCAGGUGUAAAUGCAACAUGCAUGCAAACAGCUGCCAUUUCAAGGAAGGGAAUCUGAUGUGCGAGUGUGAACACAACACAACAGGCCAAGACUGUGGAAAGUGCAGGAAGAAUUAUAAAGCCAAAUCGUGGCGACCAGGCAGCUACAAUCCAUACCCAAUGGGAACAGCUAACAGCUGUGUGGCAGCCAGUUCCGCCUACGGCAACUGUGAAUGUUACGGGCACUCCAAUCGCUGCAGUUACAUCGACUAUCUCAAGAUUGUGACUUGCGUCAGCUGCAAGCACAACACCCGGGGACAGCACUGCCAGCACUGCCGACUGGGCUAUUACCGCAAUGCCUCAGCAGAACUGGAUGAUGAGAACGUCUGUAUUGAAUGUAACUGCAACCAACUUGGAUCAAGACAUGACCGCUGCAAUGAAACAGGGUACUGUGAGUGUAAACCAGGAGCCAUGGGCCCCAAGUGUGAGGAUUGUAAACCAGGAUACUAUUGGAGACAGGGCUGUUUUCCUAACGUGUGCGACGACGAGCUCCUGAUGUGCCAGAACGGCGGGACCUGCCACCAGAAGCAGCGCUGCGUCUGCCCCGCCGGUUACACCGGCGUCCUCUGCGAAGGCGGAAGCUGCGACCCGGAAAGCGGCGACUGCAACGCGGCCGCCGGCCCGCUCCUCGGCCCCUGGGCGGUGGUGGCCUCGGCGCUGGCCGUGCUGCUGGCGGCUCCCUGCGAAUAGGGGAGCGAGCGAGUGAGCGAGCGAGCAGUAGCCGGGGAA